AUGGUGGCGGCGCCGGGGCAGAGCCCGCAGCCCACGACGGCGGCGCCGCCGGACCGCGAGCGCCAGCAGGACGCGUGCCGCGGCUUCGACUUCCUGGCGGGGCCGCAGCGGGACAUCUGCAGCAGCCGGCGCGGCGUCAUGCCCGCAGUCGGCGUGGGCAUGAAGACUGCUCUGGAGGAGUGCCAGUUCCAGUUUCGCAUGAGCAGGUGGAACUGCUCCACCGUGCCCGGCAGCGGCACCCUAUUCGGCAACGUCAUGACCAUCAAGAGCCGCGAGAAGGCGUUCGUGUACGCGAUAUCAGCGGCCGGCGUGGCGUACAGCGUGACGAGGGCGUGCGCCCGCGGAGACCUGAACGAGUGCAACUGUGACAGCAGGGUGCGACAGCGGAAGGCGAAGAGCUGGCAGUGGGGCGGCUGCUCAGAGGACAUCCACCAUGGUGAGGCGUUCAGCCGCGAGUUUGUAGAUUCUGUAGAGAACCGAGAGACUGGCGAGGGUCUGAUGAACAUCCACAACAACGAAGCGGGACGAAGAUCGAUCCGGUCGCGCAUGGAGCGCGUGUGCAAGUGCCACGGCAUGUCGGGCUCGUGCAGCAUGCGCGUGUGCUGGCGCAAGCUGCCGCCGUUCCGGCGCGUGGGCGACGCGCUGGCGGCGCGCUACGAGGGGGCCUCGCACGUGCGGCUGGCGCGCAGCGGCAGGCGCCGCCCCGGCAAGAAGCUGCGCGCCGUCAGCAGGGACCUCAAGAAGCCCAACAAGACCGACCUCGUCUACCUCGAGGACUCGCCCGACUACUGCGAGCGCAACGACACUAUGGGCAUACUGGGUACGCGCGGCCGCAUCUGCAACCGGACGAGCAUGGGUCUGGACGGCUGCCGGCUGCUGUGCUGUGGGCGGGGCUACCAGACGCGCGUGCGCGACGUCGAGGAGAAGUGCAACUGCCGCUUCGUGUGGUGCUGCAACGUCGUGUGCGAGAUGUGCCGCUACAAGAAGGAGGAGCACAUCUGCAACUGAGCCCGCGGGGGCCACCGGAGCCUCGCACUGCUCUUCUCUCCCACUCCCACUACGGACACUCUACUUCAUUAUUUAUUUCUGUAUUAAAGCUUUCUCAUUCAUAAACUGGAUGUUAUGUGUCAUAAUACAAGCGAGUCACGAUGUUUUCUAUAUAGUAAACGUGGACUAAAAGUACAAUCUCCUAAUGUGGAAUAUGUGUUACGUUUUUAAAUAUAUGUAAAUUAUUGCUAUUUAGUAAUUAUAAAUGAGCUAGUGUUUUAU